AUGUCUGUCAGUCUGUUUCAUCAUUCACACUGUUCAUUUUUUAUCUAUCUGCUCAUCUUUGAUUCUGAUCAUGUCUGUCAGUCUGUUCAUCUAGAAGAACUGUUCAUGAGGAGAAAUCUAUCUGAGAAGGAAGAUCAUUAUGUCAGUCUGUUCAUCAUUCACACUGUUCAUACCUAUCUAUCAAUCAUCUUUGAUUCUGAUCAUGUCUGUCAGUCUGUUCAGAAUUCACAAUGUUCAUACCUAAAUAUCGGCUCAUCUUUGAUUCUGAUCAUGUAUGUCAAGUCUGUUCAUUUUUCACACUGUCGAUUAAUUAUUUAUCUGUUCAUCUUUGAUUCUGAUCAUGUAUGUCAGUCUGUUCAUCAUUCACACUGUUCAUACGGAAAUAUGCUCAUCUUUGAUUCUGAUCAUUAUGUCAGUCUAACUCAUCUUUCACACUGUUCCCCCUAUCUAUCUGCUCAUCUUUGA